CGGGGGCAUUGAAACUAACGCAUUCAUUUCUCAUGACUUUUGCUUAAUAAGAGCUGAUCUCUCUUCAGACACAACAACAGCAAUGGGGCUUUGAGAAUUGUCCGAAAAAAGAAAAAAGAAAAAGAAAAAACGUGUUUACCGUGAAAGGAUCUGUCUUCACGACCCGGUUUGAUUCUCUUUUUAAGGAUAAUGGGAAAAGGCGCAAUCAAAGAAGAAGAAAGCGAAAGGAAGAGACAAACAUGGCAAUGGCCGUUGGUGGCUUUGGUCGUUGUCUUAUUAGCAGUUGCUGUCAGCUCUAGGACCGCUUCUAAUGCCGGUUUCUUCUUCACCGAUCGUAACUCUUGCAGCUGCUCACUUCAGGGAAGUGGUAAAUACAAAGGUAUAGUUGAGGACUGUUGCUGUGAUUACGAAACGGUGGACAAUCUCAACAGUGAGGUUUUGAAUCCUUUGCUUCAAGAUCUCGUCGCUACUCCGUUCUUCCGUUACUUCAAGGUCAAACUGUGGUGUGAUUGCCCGUUCUGGCCAGACGAUGGGAUGUGUCGUCUGCGUGAUUGCAGUGUCUGUGAAUGUCCAGAGAACGAGUUCCCUGAGCCGUUUAAAAGGCCAUACAAUAUUGCAGGUCUUCCUUCAGAUAAUCUGAUUUGUCAAGAGGGGAAGCCUCAAGCUGCUGUUGACCGCACUAUAGAUAACAUAGCAUUUAGAGGUUGGGUCGAGACUAAUAACCCAUGGACGCAUGAGGAUGACACAGAUAACGGUGAGAUGAGUUAUGUAAAUCUUCAAUUAAACCCGGAGAGGUAUACUGGUUACACUGGACCAUCUGCUAGAAGGAUUUGGGACUCUAUAUACUCAGAGAACUGCCCAAAAUAUUCAUCUGGAGAGACAUGUCCAGAGAAAAAGGUUUUGUACAAACUGAUAUCAGGUCUUCAUUCUUCAAUCUCCAUGCACAUAGCUGGUGAUUAUCUUCUUGAUGAGUCACGCAACCUGUGGGGACAGAACAUCGAGCUGAUGUAUGAUCGUAUCCUGAGGCAUCCGGACCGUGUCAGAAACAUGUACUUCACGUACCUCUUUGUGCUACGUGCUGUAACUAAAGCAACAGCGUACUUGGAGCAAGCGGAGUAUGACACAGGGAACCAUGCGGAAGAUCUGAAAACACAGUCCUUGAUUAAACAAUUGUUGUACAGUCCGAAACUCCAAACAGCAUGUCCUGUUCCGUUUGAUGAAGCUAAGCUCUGGCAAGGCCAAGGUGGACCUGAACUCAAACAGCAGAUUCAGAAACAAUUCAGGAACAUAAGUGCACUGAUGGAUUGUGUAGGUUGUGAAAAGUGCCGGCUUUGGGGGAAGCUUCAGGCAGGUUUAGGGACAGCGUUGAAAAUACUUUUCUGUGGGAAUCAAGACAAGGAGGGUGACCAAACGCUGCAACUGCAACGAAAUGAAGUGAUUGCACUGGUGAACCUGCUCAACCGUCUCUCUGAGUCAGUUAAAAUGGUUCACGAAAUGGGACCUGACGUGGAGAGGCUAAUGGAGGAUCAGAUAGCUAAGACUUCAGCUAGACCUGGUAGAUUAAGAAGAGUAUUGGAUCUAGCUUUCUCCUUCUGGUGAACUAAUCAUUUAUUAGGCAUUCAUGCUGUGAAUUGAAUGGAUAGUCAGUCAUCAUUGUAACAAAAUUUAAAAAAAAAAGAAUAUCAUUAUACAAACAGCCAAAAGAUUUUGAUAAAACAGAAUAAGAGUAGAGAUUCUUGAGGUAAA